CGACUGGAGACCCGAAUCAACACCCAACACACUACCCAUAUCCACCGUCUCUCCUCUCUCCAGUCUAUCAUCCCUAACUUGGUUCCAUCUCUCGAUCUCUCUCUUAAGGUUAUCUCCUCCUUCAAUCACCGCCCCUUCACCCCAACUCCUUCUCUUCCCAGCGCCGACCUCAAAAAACGUCACCAACUCCUACCCGAACAUGACCCCCGCUCACUACAUGAUCCCAAAUCGGCAGCCAACUUUUCGGGUCCGGGUCAUAAAUCGAGUUCUAUGGACCCGGGUUCUCGACCCGAGGCGGAGAAGUUCGCACUGGACGAAAGUGGGAGCCCGUUGUCGGUAGUGAGGGCGAUGGUGGCGGAGUGUUUGCUGCACAGGGUCCCGUUCUCGCCGAUUGAUUCCUCAACGGUGUUGAGGAAGCUGGAAAACGACCAGAACGCCACGCCAGCCGAUAAGGCUGCGCUUCGGGAAUUGGGCGGAGAGUCUGGCGCGAUACUUGCAGUGGAGAUGGCUCUUAGGUCAAUGGCCGAGGACAAUGGCGGAGUCGACCUCGAGGAGUUUGUGGUCAGUGGCAAGUCCAGAGUCAUGGUCUUGGCCAUCGACAGAACGAGGUUGCUCAAAGAGCUGCCUGAAACGGCAAAUUACCAUCAGCAGCAAGAAACCACCACCAACAACAGUAGCACUAACAACAGCUUGAAUAAUGCUAACGAUAUGAACCGGAUGGAGACCCAGAACCAGAGUGAUGCUGGGGUUUUUGGGAUGGGUAGUGGCUCGGCACCGAGGCCCGUACCCGACAUGUGGAUGGGACCCGGGGAUCCGCACAUGAUGUAUGCGGGAAGUGGCGGGUCACUAAUGGGUGGUUCAAGGACUGGUGGUGGUGGUGGCCCGAGAGGAAUGGCGAUGAUGGGAAUGCACCAUCAGAGGGGUAUGGGAAUGAUGGGAGGGAUGGCAGGUAGGCCUCCUCCAGCAUCGGUACCUUUGGCAGGGCAGAGGACGAGGACAGAGGAAGAUGAUAUAAAGGACGUCGAGGCUCUUCUGAGCAAGAAGUCUUUUCGAGAGAAGCAACAGUCAAGGACUGGUGAGGAGCUAUUGGAUCUUAUUCACCGCCCUACUGCUAGGGAAACCGCCACUGCUGCGAAGUUCAAAAGCAAAGGUGGCUCUCAAGUUAAGUACUAUUGUAAGUACCUGACAAAAGAGGAUUGCCGUCUUCAAUCUGGUUCCAUCUUAGCAUGUAACAAGCGUCAUUUUCGGCGAUUAAUUGCUCCACAUACUGAUAUCAGUUUAGGGGAUUGUUCAUUUUUGGAUACUUGUCGUCACAUGAAGACAUGCAAAUACGUUCACUAUGAGCUUGACCAAACACCAGAUACUACAAUGGGUCCUGAAAAAUCAUUGAAGCCUCAACGAGCUGAUUAUUGUUCAGAAGUGGAACUUGGUGAACCUCAAUGGAUCAAUUGUGACAUUCGAAACUUCAGAAUGGACAUUUUGGGGCAAUUUGGAGUUAUAAUGGCAGACCCACCAUGGGACAUUCAUAUGGAAUUGCCUUAUGGGACAAUGGCUGAUGAUGAGAUGCGAAAUCUGAAUGUUCCUGCAUUGCAAACUGACGGUCUCAUUUUCCUUUGGGUCACUGGACGUGCAAUGGAGCUAGGACGUGAAUGUUUGGAACUUUGGGGGUACAAGCGUGUCGAGGAGAUCAUCUGGGUGAAGACUAACCAACUUCAACGAAUAAUUAGAACCGGGCGUACCGGCCAUUGGCUCAACCAUAGUAAGGAGCAUUGUCUUGUCGGAAUUAAGGGGAACCCAGAAGUAAACAGGAAUAUUGAUACUGACGUCAUUGUUGCUGAGGUUAGAGAGACAAGCCGUAAGCCAGAUGAGGUUCGGGAACAACAGUACCAGAUUUCUUAAUAGUCAAUUCAUGCUGCAGCCUUGUUUUUUUUUUUUUUUUUGA